UUUAUAGAAUAGAAAAAAAUCGAGGUGAACUCAACUUUUAGUGGUUCUAGUUUAAAAUAGAUGGCGUUGUUUAAAUAAUAUAGUUUUUUAAAGAAACAAAUCUUUUUUGUAACAUCAGGAUUCACAGAUAUUUUGUGAGCAAGUAUUUAACGUUUUACAGCAGCGUUUAAAUAAAUUUCUACAACUAUACCAAAUCCUAUUAUACAUUUUUGACUAAGGCGACAUUCAGAUUUAGAUGUCAAAUCAAUAAAGCGAAAGUUGACGUUGUGGUGUUUAUUUUUUGUUUGUAAUUAUUUAAUUUAAAUCAUGUUUUGGACGAAAAUAAUGACUGAUAGUGAACUGUACAAUUACGAAUACCUCUCAAGACCAGACGUGUGUAGAUUAUGUUGGAGCGAAAACGCAGAACAAAUCAUAGGAACGACUGAAAACGGUGAAAACUUGUCCGAAUAUUUUCUAGUUGAAAUAAUUAAAUGCUUUUUGCAAAUAGAAAUCGAUGAAAUGCUUCACAAUAAAGUGUGCGAAAACUGUUACAAAGAAAUCAAAAGAUUCCAUAGCUUUAAAACUUUUUGCCAAGAAACUGACGCGAAAUUAAGAAGUAUACUCCAAAAAGGUCGUAGUGAAUCAGAAAUCAAGGAAUUUUCCUCUAAUACUGUGAAAACGGAAGAUAUAAAUGACGAAUUAGAUAACAUUGAUGAAAUAGACACUUAUUUAGACGAUACAUUAGCCUAUGACGAAGCAGAGGCGGAAAAACCCUUAAAAACUUCAAAAACAAAAUCCAUAAAGUAUGUGACACCCAAACAUUCACCAACUUACUGUCGUGUUUGCCGCUUAGAACUAGAAACUAUAGAAAAACUGUCACAACAUAACUCUGAACACCAUGGCAUUGAGACAGACGGUACUAGAACAAUGUUCAGAUGUUUCGGCUGCGAAAAGAGAUUUAGAACCCGUCAAUCCAGGAUUAGUCACGAAAUUCACUUCUGCAAAGGCUUAAAAGAUGGCUACAAAUGUAAUAUAUGUGAACGGUUCCUCCCACGAAGGAGGAUGUAUGAGCAACAUAUGGGUGAUCAUCGGAAUAACAUUACACCAAAGCUUCCAGAAGAAAUUUUCAAGUGCAGCAAAUGUACAGAGAUAUUUAAGACUAAAGAAUUGUGGAAGAAUCACAUGGUGGGGCAUACACCGGGGAAUAAAUUUGUUUGUGAUAUAUGCGGUCGCAUGUUCUCCCGUCACGACUACCUGUAUAAGCACAAGCUGACCCACUCCGGCAUGAAGCAGCAUCAGUGCCCUCACUGCGAGUUCAAGGCCACGCAGCGAUCCUCACUUACAGUGCAUAUCAGGAAGCACACUGGCGAGCGUCCUUACUUCUGCGACCUGUGUCCACAGCGGUGCAUCUCUAGCUCCAACCUGCGCGCUCAUCGCCGGAGACAUCUUGGAGUCAAGCAGUACGAGUGUACAAUAUGCAACAAAAAGUUCGGCUACAAAAUAAGUUUAGAAGAGCAUGUAACAUCAGCGCACGUGCGCUCUGAAUCUCAUCCAUGCGAGCACUGUGGCGCCACCUACACCAGAAUCAGAGGCUUACGGCGCCAUCUAGCGGCGAAGCACGGGAAACAAGCAAAGAAGACCGUCGAACAGGACAUUUUAGUUCAAGUGACAAACACAGAUGGCGCUAAAAUCGAUAUUUUAAAAGAAGUCGAAUAUGAAGUUGAAUCUGUUGAAUUGAAGGACGGGAAUAAUGUUUUGUUAUUGAAACAUCAAGACGGUGAUGUGUAUAUGGUGUAAAUGUUUUUAUUUUUGUAUAAAUAAAUCAGUAUUUGUGUAUUCUG